AUGUCAUCAUUCUCAUUCAAGAUCGAAAAACCAAACCACCACCAAAAAAAAGAAAACAAUGAAUUUCAUUCAAGUGAUGACACAGACGAAGAAUUUCAAACUAAUCCUAAUUUCAAAAAGAAACCUAAAUUAGAAAUCAUUGAUGAAUUCGAUUCGACUGAUCAGGAAAGAAAAGAAGAUGUUCAGAAGGAUUUCUUGAUUCCUGCUUUACCAAAUCGAGAUUUCAGAUCGAUUUAUUUACACAAGAAAUCAAAGAAACCAAUCUACAAACCAGAGAUGUUAAACUCAUUUGGAAAACCCUCUACCACGAAAGAAACAACCAAAGGUAUUGAAAAUGUUGAUCGAAUGAAUUCGUCAAACGUUUCUGGAGGAUUAAAAGUUAUUGAACAACCUGAACAACCGAAAAUCAUAAGUGUAGAAAAGAUGGAGGUACAAGAAAAUGGUGUGGUUGAACAAGAAGUUCCGGAAGCAGGGUUAUCAUUAGAAGAAAAAGCUAUUCAAGAGUUAAUGAAAGAGUCAGGAAGAAAGUCAGAUCCAGAAAAAAAAGAAAUCCAACCAAUCUUAAUGAAAACCGAACCUUCACGAUCUCCAUCUUUGUCUCCAAGUACAUCCAAUUCAUUUGAAGACGAAACCAGUAUGUUUCGAAAAGACGUUUCAAAGCGUCCAAACCCAUCAAGUUUAGAAGAUUACGAACGAGUUCCUGUUGGUUCGUUUGGAUUAGCAUUAUUAAAAGGAAUGGGAUGGAAAGAAGGUACAUCGGCUUCUAAGAACGGAAGAGUUGGGUUACUUGAAGCUGUGGUUCCGAAGCCUAGACCAAGUCUUUUGGGAAUCGGUGCUAAGGCUCUUGUUCUUACUGAAGGAUCGAGUAAAGGAACGGGAAUGGUUAGGAAAUUUAAGGGGAAGGAUGAUAGGAAGUAUGUGCCUUUGGUUAGGAAACUUAUCGAUCCUGAGAUACGUGGAUCUGAUUCUAGAUCAAGUAAACCUUCGAGCUCAAGAUCGUAUGCGAGAUCAAGAUCAGGUUCACCAUCAACAAGUAGAUCGACAUCAUAUCGAGAAAAAUCACCAUCUAGAUCCGAGAAACACAACAAAUCGAGGUAUCUAGAUGACGAGGAAAGAAAUCUAAAAGGUUUAAGAAUAGAAGAUGGAGGAGAAAGAAGUCGAAGAGAUGGUAGAGAUAGUGGUCGGUAUUAUGAUCGAGAAGAGAAAAGUAGAAGGAAUGAUCAGGAUAGUAGGGAUCGUAGGUAUAGAGAAGAAGGUGAUGAAAGAAGUAGAAGGGAUCAUAGAGAUCAUCAUGAUCGGGAAGAGAGGAGUAGAAGGGAUGAUACGGGUAGGGAUAGGUAUCAGGAGCGUGAAGAAAGAAGUAGAAGGAAAGAUACAGAUGGUCAUUAUGAUAGAGAAGAACGUGAAGGGAAAAGUAGAAGAGAUGGGAGAGAUGAUGAGCGCGGAACGUACAGAAUGGAUCGAAAAGAUGAAGAUCGGUAUAGGAAAUCUUAUAAAUGA